UUCGGUGUUAAGUCAGAAAAAUAGGGAAAUCUCUGCCUAUAAAAGCCGAGAACAGUUCUCGGAUCUCCACACUUGUGCUUUCCGAGCUUCAGUUAAGUCUUGCGGAAUAGCAGCAGCAGUCGAUCAGUAGCUACAGUCAUGAAUUCGAUGAUCUUCUUCGCCUGUCUUAUCGCUUUGAUCUGCUGCACAGCCUCAGCUGGGCCUCUAUUUCCAUAUGCACCAGCAGCAUAUGCUCCCUAUGCAAAAGGCUACUAUGCACCAUUCCUACCAUCCCCAGCUGCAGUAGCCGCUGUGCCUGCAGCUCCUGCAGUACCAGCUGUACCUGCCGGUUAUGCUGCUCCUGCCAUUCCAGCACCAGCUGCUGCCGUUGCUGCUCCUGUAGCACCAGCGGCUGUUUAUCCCUAUGCCGCUGCUGCUGCCCUCAAUUACCUUGGUUACCCCUACGGAUACCCCUAUUACCCGUAUGGAUAUGGUGCCUUGGUUGCUCCUUACAAAAAGUGAACGCCAUCAUAAGAACUGGACGGACUCUGGCAAGGUCUUUGAUUCAUGCAUUGGGGAAAUAAGUUACUGAAUUUGUACAAAAUGGUGUCAGCUGGGGACAAUAACUUCUCUUACGCGCUGCGUUAGAGGCUGUUCUUUGUCAAAUCAAGUGUCGGAUUUUAUCAUUGCAUGUAAUUCGAGACCAAAUAAAUGAGUUUUAAUACAUCUUA